CUCUUCUUUUCCCCAUCUUCCUUUUCUUUUCUCGAUUAUUAUAUUCAAAACAGAAUUAAAACAGAAGAUAAAUCAUAAUUUGAGUCAGAUUUUAUCAACGACCAAGAGAAAUAAAGUUCACUACAUAGGUCCUCUGUUUAUUUUUUUUGCAGAAAUCGAGUAAGUGCAUUUAAUUUUCUUUCACUUCCCUCAAAAAAAAAAAAAUGCCCUUUUCUUUACACAUUUUUCAGUAGUAUACCACUCUUCCCGUGCACUCUACUUGAACAACUCACCAAACCCUAGAUUCCUCCUUUUCCUCACCUCUCAAAAUACCCAAAUCAUAAAUCACAAAUUACCCACUUCUACAGAUCAAUGAUGGCGAUGAUUUUCAGUUUAAGGUACUCUUUGAUCUUGUAUUUUGCUAUGUUUUUCUGUUUUAUGGAUGAUGUGUUGGUUCAUUCGAGUUCUACUUCAUUUGGGUUCAAAAAUGUUGGAAAUAAUUCUAAGUUUUUGGACCCUGAAAUCGGGUUUUAUGGUGAAGCAAAGGUUGAUGAAAAUGGGUCUUUUGUUAAAUUGACUGAAUCUCAUUCAUUCAGUUCGGGUCGGGUUAUGUACAGAAAACCCAUUAAGUUGAUGGAUAGAAAUGGGAGUAGGAAGGCUUCAUUUGGGACUUAUUUUACAUUUUCUCUCUCCUCUGAAGAUGGAGACGGGAUUUUGUUUGUAAUGCUUCCAAAAGGGUAUUCUUCUGGUGGUUAUAAUGGGAAACUUUUUGGGUUGUCGAAUGAAUUGAUUGAGAAGAAGAAUAAAGCAUUUUUCGCUGUUGAAUUUGAUACCAAAUUUGAUGCUGAAUUCGGAGAUUUGAGCAAUAAUCAUAUUGGAAUUGAUGUUGGUAGUUUGGUUUCAAUAAAAGUAACAAAUGGGUCUGAUUUGAAAUUGAAAUUGAGUAGUGGGAAGAAGCUGCAAUGUUGGAUCGAUUACGAAGCGAGUUCAAAACGAAUCGAGGUUCGAAUGAGUAAAGAGGGUGAAGAAAGACCUGUUUCUCCAUUGCUAUCUUGUCCUGUUGAUUUGUCAGAAAUCUUCAAGGGUGAGAAGGUUUUCUUUGGCUUAAGCUCAUCAAAUGCAAAUUCUAGUCAAGUAUGCAAGUUAUAUUCAUGGAGCUUCAAGUUAAGACUAGUUCCUUAUUGGAUGCAUUCGCAUCCAUUAGAUCCUAAACCCGUUGCGAAAGAUGCAGAGUCGGUCGUGUUUCGACAAAAGAGUGACUGUAAGCUGAAGGUUCUUACAGCUCUGAUUCUUGGCACUGCGUGUGGAGCUUUAGGAGCUUACAUUGUGAUGUUUGUAUGGAGUAUUUUCGUUUCAAAGAAGCCGGUUGCUCCUGAAGAGUAUAUGAUUAAACCUGUGAUGUAUGACUAUGACAAAGUUCAUGUACUUGCAGUUGACAAGUCUGAUGAUGAUAAGAACUCUAAGAAGUAGGCUUAGAUUUUCCAUUUUUUUGGUAUUUUUGGGUUGAUGUAAAUGUAAUCUUAUCUCUUCUUUUGGGUGUUUUGUAUGAUUUAGGUUGUAUUUUAGCCUGUUUUUCAUUAUUCUCUGAUGUAAUGUAGGUUUAGUUUGAACAAUGUAGUGUAUUGAUCUUGGUAGUUAACUGUGUAAGACUGAUGUUUAGGUGUAAGCCUUUCUUUCUACUCUUGUUUAAGCUUAAGAUUGUGCUCAGAUUGCUUAAGGUGCUGUUGCUGCUGUUGAUUUAAUGUUGUCUGCUGUUGAAUGUUUUGAGCAUUGAUUACA